AUGUCUAGAUCACGUUCGUCGACCACUACGCAAUCUCGUUCUUUGAAAGUCACAGGUGAAGAAAUUUGGAAGAACAAAACAGAGAAGAUAAAUACAGAACUAUUCGCUUUGACAUAUGGAGCCCUAGUGGCACAGUUAUUUGAAGACUACGAUAAUGACUAUUCGCUUAUUAAUGAGCGUUUGUUCUCUAUGGGGUACAAUAUUGGGGUGAGACUAAUUGAAGAUUUCUUGGCAAGGACGGCGUUGCCAAGAUGUGAAGAUAUGGUAAGAACUAGUGAAGUGAUAAGUAAAUGUGCUUUUAAGAUCUUCUUAAAUAUUACUCCUCAUGUGACUAAUUGGUCCAAUAAUAAGGAUUCGUUUUCGCUGAUUAUAGAAGACAAUCCUUUGAGUGAAUUUGUUGAACUACCCAUGAAUGCAAAGAAACAAAUAUGGUAUUCUAACGUUCUCUGUGGGGUACUCAAGGGUGCUUUAGAGAUGGUUCAAUUGGAUUGUGAUGUUUGGUUUGUUGCGGAUAUAUUAAAGGGAGAUCCACAAACUGAAUUGAAGAUUAAGUUAAAUAAGAUAUUAAAGGAUGAGAUUCCUAUUGGGGAUGACUAA